UUGGUAAUGGACGUUCAACCAGGACAUGGCGCGGCCACGAUGAACCACGACGCCGCGGCGAUGUGCCGGAAAGCAUUCUGUGCACGCGAUGACAUCCUUUUGUGCUUGGCCGUGAAAGAGAUCAAGCCGUGGGAAGCACCGAGUGGAGAAAUCAUGAUGUCGUGGGCUCAUAUUGCAGAGAAGCUCCUCCACACCCGUGGGUUCGCGUUGCGCAAGGAUGGGCCGGCAUGCAAGACUCGGUUCGAGAAAAUCCUCAAGAUGAUCACUGGAGGCGAAAGCGACGUGCUGCGCAAGUCGGGCAACGAUGAAGAGUUCGCUGAGCGAGAGCGGUUAGUGUGGAGCAUCUGUCAACAAAUCGACGUGUAUCAAGCACAAGAUGAGAGCGCGGAGUCAUGUGCAAAUUUCGCCCACGAAAACGCUGGGUCGGAUGGAAGGAAGAAGCGCAAGACGAACAAGUUGUUGAAAGUGGCGAAGCGAGAGCAGUUCGUUGAAACACCAACCGCAGCAGACUAUGCUCAAGUGUCGUCGUCACCUCCAUCAAAAUCCGCACCGCGUACAGCUACGCCACCCGCAGAAGAUCUGCGAGCGUUCUUCGAGUACUUGAAGAAACGCAUAGACAUGGACGACGAACGCGAAGAGAAGCGACGAGCUCAUGAAAAAGAGAUGGAAGAGCGACGGGCGGCGGCUGAAGAGCGGCGCGUCUCUCUGGAGCUAGAGCGCGAUCGCCAACAGCAAGAAUUUAUGUUGCGGGUGCUCGACAUGAUGAAAUCGUCGCGUUGAAACUGUCGUGUCAUACACUGGCUAUUACCAAUUCAUUUGCAAUAAAAUAAAACGCAAA